AUGACAUCGUCGAGUUUCGCACCUGAAGCGGGCCACGGCCCUAGUAAUACUGGCAUUACAGCGCACUGCACGAGCUCGGGCUCCAGCACUAGCGGACCGAGCGUCAGUAUUAGCACCGCGAAGACGAAUGCUAACAGCAACAACCUCGCGUUCAGGAGCGACGGCAACGUCUUCCACGCCCACCGCCAAAACCACAACUCGUCCAAAUUGCCUGCUUUCCGCUUUGCCGACCUGAAAAAAGACGCCAUCGUGCUGCCGUCGCUUUUGCAGCACAUUCCCCCGUCUCCCGUGUCGCCGCAGCCAGCCCACGACAGCACCUUGUCGUCGCCCGGCAGCCCCGAUCGUCACGACGGCACGAGCCUGCAAACUCAGCGUGACGCGCAUGACCAAAACCAACGAAUCCCUGGUUCGAGUUUUCCUUCUGAAGGCGCUAGCCAGAACCACAACUACCAGAACCGAUUCCGCAGCGGCGCCCAAAUUCUCCCCGACAAUAAUCCCGUCUCAUUUGAAACGCCGCAAUCUGCCGCAUCUUUUCCGCAACACACCCACAGCCACAACCUCACUCACAGCACCCACGCUCAAGCCAGCCCAAGCCCCCCGCGAACCCGGGCUUCGACAUUCCAGUCGCCGUCGGCCACUCAAACGUCGCUCGACGGCCGCUCCGCCGCGUCAAGGCGUCCAGCUUCAUUUCCUGAUUCUCCUACCGUGGCCGGUACCGCCAGCGCGUACACCACCAGUGCCCAAUCGUCGUCCUCAAGCGCAACCCCGGCCGCUAAACGUCGCCUACUAACGGCUGCCAGUGCUGCCAACGGUGCCGAACCGCUGGUGUCGCCCCGUCCCACGCUAAGCUCGUCGCGUCCGCACACCGUCGAGUCGACCGACACUGAGCACCCCGCCGAAAAUUCGACCGAGGAGUGGGCGCAGGGCCAGCGCGAGUUGCUGCUGCCCAAGACUGUUGAAACCGCAAAGUCAGAUGAGAGGCGCAAGUCGCGUCCUCCAGUCUCGUACAGACCGCCGCCCAGCGUCGUCACCGCCUUGGGCGGGCGCGCCGUCAUCCCGCCCAUCCGGGCUUUUCGCUCGUCGGGGUCGCGCAAGAGCCUUGUUCUCGACAUGCACACGAGGCGGGUUUCGGAAGAAUCUUUUGGGGACGACAUAACUGACCCGAAUCAACGAGACCGCACCCUGCGAGCGCUCGAGGGCCGGCCCGACGACGACUAUUCCCAGAUCACGCCUCCCGACUCGGCCAAUGCUAUGCAUGACAACGACAACGACACGGACAACACGGCCGACAUUUUCAUGCGCAUUGCCCGCGAAGACUCGUCGCGCCGCGCACCUGAGGAGCAGGAGAUGGCCGAGGACCAGAGCGCAAUUUCGCGCAUUACAAGGACAACCCACCGCCGCCCUCUCUCGGCAGCCGUCCCUACCUACCAGGCCACCUCACCGCCGCAAAUCACUCGCCGGCUUUCCGACCAGCGCGAGAAUUCUCGGGGCCGGAACUUGUCUAGUAGCCAGUCUGCCCAACAAAUAACAAGGCAGCUGACCUAUCGUGCAACUGUGACAGACAGGACGACAUCUAACACCACUGCCCCUGAGGACUCGGGCCGCGCUGCACAACCUCUGCGAACACCGCUGCGGCCCUCUCCCAUCACUCCUCGUCAGAUUUCCUUCCAAGAACCGUCUCCAGCUACCGAGACGAGUACGUCAUACUCGCGGAGGCGGCAGUCGAUUACCGAAAGCAACUCGGGGCACACUUCUACCAGGACUCCCCAAUACAGGGCGGUCAAUUUUAAUCUCGGGCAGAGUCGAACCUAUAACUCGUCCCCGCUGGUUCCCAAGUCUAUCGAUGUUCAGAAACAUGAGCCUCAGAGCUCGGAGGCGAAUCAUGGUGUCGAAGGGACCGAGUCUUCGACCUCGACGGCGGCACCCUCCACAGUCUGGGAUGAACUGGACGAUCUCAAAUCACGCAUCCAUCGGCUAGAACUAACUGGGAAGGCUCCGUCGACAUCUGGCGCGGCCAUGUCCAGGGCGUCCGAUGACCGCCCGCCAACCGCCACGACAAAUGCGACAACCAUGUCGGCCUCACCAAAGCGUGGCUCUGGCUUGGGAGGAACUGCCCCAGUAGACGUGGUUAGCACUACGUCAUCGCAACGGGAGGCGCAGCCUCUUCUCCUUUCAGCCCUCUCCAAGAUAGAAGGUGUAACCAGUCUGGAAGUCUUGGCCGCUAUCAAAUCGGCUGCUACCGACGCGAUUGCUUUGUCGUCCAUGGUGGGCGUCCCGGGACAGCCUGGCCCCAUAUACAGUGGCGCGAGCACCAUAGGAGUCGGAGGCGGCGCCAGCGUCACUGAUAGGCAACUCCGGCGGAAAGCGGACAGCAUUUGCAAGAGCCUGACCGAACUGUGCAUAGCUUUGGCUGAUGAAAAUGGCCAGGUCAAACGACCUCGGUCGGCGCAUGCCACCCGCGAAGCCGAGCCCAUGGCCAGCCCAAUAUCUUCAAGGUUGGCUCCGGUCAUUAACCAACGACGGCCGAGCGCCCUAAUUACAGAGUCGACAGCUCCGAAGGCGACGGUGACGAGUCCUAGGGCUCCUACAAGCCUAGAGCAGAGGAGGAUGACUAUGCUUACCACGGUGGCUCUGCCGAGUCCUCGGUACGCGGGUGCUCCGUCCACACCAAUAGACCAGGCCGGCGCAGGACGAAAGUCGUCUCUAUUGCUGGCUCGGACUCGCCGGGCUGGAACCGAAGAGCCGGAAGAAGCCUCUGGAAGGAAAUCAUCGUUGCAUCUUCGAACUCGCAGGGCUGGGACAGAGGAGCUAGAGGAGAACCGAGAAGGCCGCAAGACUUCGCUACUUCUUCGCAGCCGAAAAGGGACCAACGACGACGAGGACGAAUCCCGCUUUCGGGCACCUUCAAGGGCCACUACUGAAGUGAACAGCUUCCGGUCAACAGCACGCGACUUUUCUCAACAGGCCCUGUCUCCUCAGGACAGUAACCCUCUGGCAUCAUCUGCACUGCCGCGCCGCCGGCUCGUUCCGUCGUCUCUCAAUCCGCGGCUAGUUGCACCUUCGCCUGCGGCCGUUCCGGCCCGGAGGUACCUAGACCGGCCAACACCGGAGCGGGAGACGAACAGUGUGGCAGAAAAGCUGGCUGAAGACAGGGGACAGCGGCAAUUCUCGCUCAGCCAGACGGCGAUGCUCAACCGGACUGGUAGUCUCAACCGACGGCCUCGUGACAGUAGCAUACCCAGUAUUCCGUCACCUAGCACACAAGGGGGAGGUUACAGAUGA